AUGAUGGAGGUGGAAAGCCACGCAGGCGACGCUACACUCAUUUCUAAUGAUGAUGGCUUGUUGACUGUCGAUUCCCUUUGCGACCUCACCAUCAGUAGUAAUGCUGUUCCAAUUGUUCAUCAGGAUCAUCUACAACAACAACAUCAAGAACAACAAAGUAGUAGUGGAAUGGACAAUAACAACAACAACCAUUCAGAGGCGGAUAACAGUGACUUGGAUGAAUCACAUCCUUUGGCAUCACCUAGUUCGCCACCAGACGAAUGCGAGUCGGCUGUGGUGGCGCCACAGAGGCUGUCCUGCGGACAACAUCGCAAAAGUUUCAUAAUGACACAGCUUGGCGGACAAUCCAAUGGCGCAUCACUGGCUGUUUUGAUGGAUGAGGACGAUCAAAAUACAGGAAUGGGCUAUCGAUCUCCCGGUCCACAAGGUUUCCUUACAUAUUUGGAACAGACCGAUAUUGAUCAGUUACAAACAAAGCCUGGCAGCGGUGUUGUUAGCAACAACAGCAAUCAAACAUCCUCUACACCCGCCAAGCAAACCAAACAAUCACAACAACAACCGAGUACCAACAAGAAACCUCCACAUCCACAGACUAAACCGCCACCUCCCAAUAGUGGACUUAAUCACAGCCAAAUCCUACAACAGCAACAAAUCAACAAUAAUAACAAUAGUAACAAUAGUAUGGGCAGUUUGAGCUACCACUUGAACAUGUCCUCCAGCAAUAGUGGCGAGGCUUUGCGCAACUCUUCGCCAAAGGUAAAGAGUAGCGGUGGCGGUCUGCCAGGAAUCGUGAGGUCAUUGUCAUCUCUCAAGGGAGAUGAUGUGGCCAAUGCAAAGGCGGCAAGGGAUCGCAAGGGUAGCUUCCGCACCAGCAGCGCCAAGGUGAACAAGACCGAGGAGGACCGUCGCAAGAGAAAGGAGAAGAAACGACUACGUGCCAAGGAGAAGCCCAUAUACGUGUCGAGCAUGGAUGAUCUGCCACCUGAAUGUGUCAAGCUGAUCAAAAAGGCCAAGAUACCCGAUGACAAGAUCAAACAACACUUUGACAUCCUCAUACCAAUACUGCGUUUCCGAACUGGAUUCAACAUCAAGCUGGCCAGCUCUAGUUCAUCAUCAUCAUCAUCAAACAAACAUGUAACAUCAUCAAAAUUAUCAUUAGCACCAACAUCAACAUCAACAUCAACAUCAAAAACCGAUACAUCAGCAACAACGACAACGACGACGACCACAACCACCACGACCACAACCAUGCCAAUGCCAACUGUAACUGCAGCCCUCCCACCAAUCUCCUCUUCUAUGCAGGAGGAUGUUGGCCAAUAUCCAAAGGCAGAGCUGUCCGCCCAGGACUCUCAGACCAAGUCCUCUGGAGGUCACAAGAAACGAAAGGAUAGUCAUGCGAGCAGUAGGAAUGAUCACACGGCAACCACUGCCAACAACAAUGCAGGAGGCAACGAUGACGACUCCUGCUACGACGACGGCUCACGUCUUGAACAGUCCAUUGUCCCCAAGGGUACAGUGGAGUUGUUUGAGAAGGCAGACGUCAAGAAACUGUACAAGAACCUCAAACAGAUUGGCAGCGGUGGCUUUGGAUGCGUAUACUUGGCCAAAUCAUUGCCAGACAAGGGAGAGAUAGCCAUCAAGAAGAUAUCUCACACGACGCCCAAGGCACAGCGAACCAAUUUGAACGAGAUUGGAUUCCUGCACUAUUGCAACCAUCCAAACGUCGUCAAGUACAUCAGGAGCCAUUUGGUUGACGACCAGGUGUGGAUUGCGAUGGAGUACAUGCAAGGUGGCACUCUCACCGAGGCCUGUUCCAAUCACGCCUUCAAUGAGAGUUGCAUAGCCUAUGUUGCCAAGGGCAUGCUCGAAGGUCUCAAAUACCUCCACUCACACAACCUCGUCCACAGAGACAUCAAGUCUGGUAACAUCAUGAUGACUAUCGAUGGAAAGAUUAAGUUGGUGGACUUUGGACUGUGUGUCGACUUUACACAGAGGAAGCUCACUCAUAUGGCAGGAUCACCAUUCUGGAUGUCACCAGAGAUGAUCCGUGGUGAGGAGUAUGGAUGCCCAUCAGACAUUUGGAGCUUUGGUAUUUGUUUGCUAGAGUUGGCCAAUGGUGAACCACCCAAUAGGAAGUCAUCAUUGUUGGCAAUGUUUGCUAUUGCCACACAUGCAUGUGGAGGACUUGAUCGUCCUGAUCGAUGGUCUGAAGGCUUCAAGCAAUUCAUGUCAUUGUGUCUCGAGGUCGAUCCCAAGAAGAGACAGACUGCCGAGCAGUUGCUCAAGCAUCCAUGGCUAACCAAGUCUGAGAAUCCAGAGACCAUGAAGAAGAUCUUGGCACAGAUAUUCAUUGCCAAUGUGAUGAAUCACCUCGAUCCAAUCUAG